GUUGAAGAUGUGGCGACGACAAGAGGGGAGCUUCGCAGAGACACGCGUUUUGAACAACGCGAUUGGUGGAGUUUCUACAAGGCGUGGGAGGAAGAGGAUGACGUUGAGAACCGUGAGGAGCUCCACAAAAUCCCCGUGCACAACACCGACUUGACGGCGACCUGCACAGCUCUUAACAAUGCUGGUGGGUGCGUGAGCAGUUGCUAUGAUGGUUGGAAAGAUGGGGACAAUGGCAUGAGAUGCUAG